CGAUGAAGAUGAUACUGAAUGUGUGAUAGACGUGGGCAGAGAGGUUGUUGAAAUCGCAGGUAGAACAUGGGACAAAGCUGAAGGAGGGAAAAGUUUGCACUUUUUUAUGCAUAACCACAAAUGAACUUCGGUUAGAUAGAGUGUAGCAAAUCCGUAUGCAUAUGUAUAAUGUAUAUUUUGUUGAUUUUUUAGAUUAUGACUGUCCAUUAGGCAGGGAUGAGUCACCCAUGUCCCUCUUGGUGUCCCAGCAGUGGGCUACAGGCUACAGUUGGAGCAGGAGCUUGGUUUGCAUUGUCAGCAAUAAGUUGAGCCUGUCAUAGUGAACAUUCGCCAGUUUUAUGACCUUUUUCAAUUUUGAUGGAUUUUGGCUAUCACCAAGACAGUAUUUUACAUAACUUACGGCCACACGGUGGCCUAGUAGUUCACACACUCAGGAGAUCUGGGUUCGUAUCUCCGUUUGGGCGUCUCUGUGCGUCUGUGGGUUUUCUCCAGGUACUCUGGCUUCCUCCCUCAUUCCAAAAACAUGCAUGGUAGGUUAAUUGAAGACUCUACAUUGUCCAUAGGUAUGAAUGUUAGUGUGAAUGGUUGUUUGUCCAUACGUAACCUGUCCAGGGUGUACUCAAAGAAUAUUGCCCGUCAUACACAAUCCUGAUGUGAAACAUGAACACAUAUUUCUUUCCUUUUUUGUGUGUUCUAAAGACAGAAAAGCUAGCAUGAGGGAUCUAACAGUGCACACACACAUUUCGACGAUAAAGCCGUCUAAACAAACCUCUAACAACGUUUUUAUGGUUUUAUAUACAUGCUGUGAUCACGCAUUAACAGGUACAUUCAUGAUAGCAUGUAAUAAUUGCAGUAUUUUGUCUUAUUUUUAUCAUUUCAAACAUUACCAGAACUUCUUUCCUAGGCGAUAGGAGCUAAAGCUACUUCUGCCAACAAAGCAGCAUACAAACAGCGCAUGUGUGUGCUAUUGCUAAUGAUGGACGACUACUUUUGGACAAAUGAGGAACCAAAACCUUAUCUUUUAAGCCUGAAUAUAUGCAGGAUGAGCUACAGGUUAUCAGUUAAGACCCCCCCUUACCCUUACCCUUGUGCUCCCCGUAGAACUUGUAAAUACAAGAUAGUCCUCGGGUAAAAAAUGCUGACAGAAACCUAGCAUCUUGUUGAGUCUUUGUAGCGAAGUUGAGAGCCAGUAGUAUCCACUCUUCAGUCUGUCUUGUUGUUUAGUUGGUAGCGUGUGGAAUCUCAGAGUUGGCCAACUUUUCGGCUUAUUGCCACAAACUUCUACAAUACACGUGCGAGGCAUGAUUUAUAGCGUUAACGUUUUCAAAACAACACAGCCGCCAGGCUGCAGUAGGUAGUAUAGGUAGUUCUUUGUGUUAGCGGCUACAAUGACAAUAUUACUGUCGCUUGGUUAAUAUACAGGUCAGUUAUGUAGAUGGAACAUUGUUGGCGUUUUUUUAAUUAAUUUAUUUAUUUUCUUCAGGCUUUAUCGUCAAAACAGGUGUGUCCCAUGACGUCCAUUGUUAUCUCGCUCAUGCUAACUCCUUUUCUCUCUUAAGAACGCGCAGAAAAGGGAAAGAAAUAUGAGUUCAUUUUUCACAUAAGGAUUGUGGAUGAUGGGCAAGAGUCCAAAAAAACCUGCAUUUUUCCUUUAAAGACAGAAUAUGUUGUUUUUUUUGGAAGUUGUGAUAUUGUGAGAAACAAACAAAACAAAAAAGAAGUUGUCAUUUAUGGUAAAUUAGGUCGGAGAAAAAGUUAUAAUAUUAUGAGAAUGAAGUCAUAACAUCAUGAGAAGAACAUUAGCGAGGAUUAUUUUUGAAGAAAGUCCAAAUAUUUGGGAAAUUUAAAAAAGCAAUAGAAAAAAAUCGGAAAAACAGACAGAGGUUCAUACUAAUAAUACUUUUUGUCACCUAUAUCGCCAAGCUGAUUCUUGAAAUAUAUAUAACGUCUUACCAUAUCUACAUCACACAAAUAUCAAAGUGACCCUUGCAACCUUUCAUUUUUCAGUACGGUGGAAAAAAGCAAAUUAAAUGGAUCUUUAACACUCUCACGGACAUUGUUUCCUUUAUUAAUAAAGUUCUGGUAUUAGUAACACAAUAAUAAAAUGUAAUUUCACUAUGUUUGUGUAUAUUGUGUGAGUAAGAGGUUGUUUGAGUGUAUCCUUUUCAUUGUGUAGGUUUAUUCUCCUCAUGCUCUUCUUCUCUCCUCUGUCUUGUUCAUUAUCUGCUGUUGCCAUGGUAACCCUCCCUAAUCAUGCCUAUUCUCCGAGUCAGUAAAAGGAACUUGAAUGAUCCGAUCACUAUCACUAGGUGGCAUCUCAGAGCUAUUUACCAAACAGCAUCGAAGUCACUGUUGUUACCCUCACUCUAAUACUGUAGUUGUGCUACGAACAGAUUAUUUUCCCAACAUUUACAAUUUAUGCUGCGGGCUGCCUCUUUAAAAUAACUCUUUUUGUGAGUGGAGUUUUUUGUAAUGAUUUUUUCCUCACAAGAAGACUGAAGAGCGGCAACGCAUAGUUGGGCAAGUUCACGGGAGCUGAAACACUUGCAAAUGAUUCCUUGUGACCGCAUCUUCAGUCUAUGGUGCAUUAAUGGCUUUUAUGGGGGAGAAAAACAUGUGUGAAUCACUCCUGGGACCACAUUACAAGAACAUCCAAAUGAGAAAAUCCUGUCUUAAUCCCACUUUAAGGAAGCAAUUUUGAGCUGUCCCAGACCUGAGCACUGUUGAAGAAUCCAAUCAGUGUUGUCAAUUGUGCUGGAAAAUAACAAUCUGCAAAUUACCUUCCGUCCACUGCCAGUGUAUUUGAAACGGUUGAAUGUGGUAGUGUGGCUCAUGAUUGACUCUGGCUGGGUUGUCCAUGUGACUCAUGAAAUAUUCUUUGCAGAUGUUAUGGGUUUGCAAAAUUGUACAGCGCUACAGAGCAACCGUAUUGACCAUUACUGAAUGCAUGUAUAGAUGCAUUAAUGAAAUGUGUCUUACCUCAUCAUAAGAAGCUAGAAACAGCUGGUCCAAGGGUUACAAACAACUUCCGUCCCUAGACUGUGACGUAACUUGAGUUUUAGUGUGGACUCGUGCCUAAAUUAACUGUCAUGUCACUCACACGGUGUACCUUCUUAAAAUAUUGUCUCAGUCAAGUCUGGAAGGAUAACGACCUCUACUCCUCCCGAAGCUCACGGAAUCCAUGACAGUGAUGCAUGAGAGGGCACCAACAAGAGGGCAGAUUAAAACUACAGAAGCUGAAAUAAGUCAUAUUUUUAACAGGGCUGUCAAAAAUAGCGCGCUAACGGCGGUUACUCAUUUAUUUCAUUAUUUACGUAAUUAACGCACGCGCGUCAUGUCAAGCCACACCUCUCUGUUACGACGGCAGACGGCGGCAUAGUGUUGAAUCCCCACACAGUCACACAGAGGCUGCCGCUUUUUAAGAACUUUAUUCUGAUCUGAACACAUCAACAGCAGUGCAAUUCCAACACCUCCAACUCACAAACAUGUCUCUACUUCCGCAUUGUCGCUAGACCGCCGCAGCGUGCAUUCAUGGACAGUCCGAAAAUCCUCAUAAUGUCUUUAUUAUGCAUGUAUGUCUGGACUAAAUACACAGAAAGACAAAUAAAAACAAUAACUGCAUAGUGUUAUCACUCACUAACAUAACUCAAUUUACAAUUGUCUGCUUUUAAGUAUGCUCGGAAAUCCCAGAAAAUAUAUCUACACUCAAACAGUGAAUUCUUUUGAAAUUACGUGUGUCUUUGAACGCAACCCAUCUUGGCUCGUAAGAAUACAAUUAACGUGUGAUUCAGUUGUUGUGCUACUAUUAGCGUUAGGCAAAUACAUUUUCAGACAUGUGUGCUAUCUUUUUUUUUUAUUUAAACUUUCAUUUGGAGCUGUAAAUACAUACAUAUAUAUAUAUAUACUGGCGCCCUGUCAUUUAUUUUAUCGUUCAUGUUAGCUUUUUGUUCAUAAAAUACAGUAAAAAUUGGCAUAUUUCACACAUAGUUGCAAAUGGUGAUUAAUCAUAAUUCAUUAAUUUGAAAACAGUGAUUAAUUGGAUUACAAUUUUUAAUCAAUUGACAGCCCUAAUUUUUACGUGUAUGGAUACAAUAAAAACCUACGUGUUUCUUUCUGAUUGAAAGAUAACAUCUUCUGUCUCCGUUUAUCCAUUUGCACCAAUAUGUCAGAUUCAUGUUAAUGUGUUUUUAUAGACAUUUCAACUUGUUGUGAAAAAACUGAGGAAACAAAUAUUGAAAAAUAAAUUCAGAAGAAUUGAUUAAAAAAAUUAAAAGUGGUAAUGUCUCGAUUGUGUCUGCUUUAGCAUGAGAUUGAAAUUUGGCUCAAAAGGAAAGAAAAUGAGGAAAAUCACGUGUCUCUGUCAAGCCAUUUUGGAAAAGAACACAGUCUAUCAAGACUGGUCAACAUGACAAACUCAUAUCCUCCAGUGUCCUUUUCUUUGUGUGUGUGUGUGUGUGUGUGUGUGUGUGUGUGUGUGUGCUUGUUACUCUGUCUUGUCGUCCUCUCCUCAGGUAUUCUUUCUUUCCUUGGUGAUUGCAGUAACAGUCGCCAUAGCAACAGCCUGCAGAUAAGUGAGAGAAAUAAAAGACAAGAAACCAGAUAAAGAGCAGAAUAGAAGGAAAACUUUAAAGGUGAACAUGUUUUGUGUCUCUAUGAAAAUGUUUCUUCUUUUUUUUCUGAUCACUUUUGGUCUCCUAAAGCUUCUCCUGUGGCAUGUGUCAGUCCAUCUCUCAGGCUUUAUUACCAUUGCUUCAUUUGUCCCCUGUCCUGAAUUCGAGGCCCAAUUAUAUCUUCUGUGUUUUAUGACACUUAGGUCGGCUCUACAGUGUGUACUGCAGGUGCGUGUUCAGCAAAUACCUGCUGAAAAACCUCUUGUAAUCUGACAGGGACUCUCGAGGCAAAAAUAAGAAAGAAAAAGAAAAAAAACCUCAAAUCUAAAGACAUCCGCGGGUGUUUCCUACUGGACUGCACUCUGUCUGUGAUGUCAUCACUUUGCAUAAUUGGCCAUGAUGCAAAACUCCGACAAGAGUAGAGAUUUUCACUACUCAGACUCAAAAAGCACGGGUACACCGGUGCUUUUUGUUUUAUAUCAUAAGAAAUGUAGGCUGUUAUCUCAUGUUUCUAAACCUUAUGUCCUGUUGUAGGAUUACCGAUAUACACUCCUGAUCGAAAUCUUAGGACUGGUUGAAAAAUUGCUAGAAUUUGCAUGAAGUUUUAAGUAGAGCUACAAUAUGCAAAAACAAGAAGGGGGAGUGAGACCAAAAAAAAAAAAAAAAUGGAGCUUGUAAUUUAAAAAAAAAAACUAAAACAAAACUGAAAUAGGUUGUUAUCACCUGAUCAAAAGUUUAAGACCACAGGCUAUAAAAGCCUAAAUCUCCUCAAAAUGAUCAUUUUCUGUCAGGCUUUCACACUGUCAUGCCCUCCUGAUGGCAAAAGCUAAGAAGCUUUCUCUUUUUGAACGUGGUCGGAUUGUCGAGCUGCAUAAGCAAGGCCUCUCGCAGCGUGUCAUUGCUGCUGAGGUUGGGUGCAGUACGACAGUCAUUCAAAAUUUUUGGAAAGAUCCUGAGCAUUAUGGAACAAAAAAAGUCAAGUGGAUAUUCUUAUCACUCACUUUGUAACUCUUAAUGCGAAAGUACAAUUUUCUGCAUUUAAGUGUGCUCGGAAAUCCCAGAAAAUUCACUCAAAACAUGUGAAUUCAACUUAAAUGACGUGGUGUCCUUGAAUGUGAGUGAAUGGUUGUUUAGAUGUGCCCUGCGAUUGGCCGGCGACCAGUCCAGGGUGUACCCCGCCUCUCGCCCAAAGUCAGCUGGGAUAGGCUCCAGCAUACCAACCCGACUCUAGUGAUGAUAAGUGGCUUAAAAAAUGUCUGAAGUAGAUUUGAGCGUAUGGAAGAUAAUAUAAGACGAGAUGGCGUCUGAUCAUGUAGUAAUGUAUAAGCUAUGUGUGGGUGAAAACCGAGAGUGAGUAUGUGUGUUUCUCUGUUGUAUUCUCAUUCAUAUAUUCAUCAGCAGACAGAAGUUGCUGACGCAAGUGAGAAGGAGAGGAGGCAUGGAAGUGAGAGGCAGAAUGUGCAAGUUACAUUGCAAAAAGGGAAAGACAGAAAUGUAACCGUCUCUCCAUCCAGAGUACUAAUGUGAUAUUCAGCAUACAUUAAACAUAAAGCAGCUUCUUUGGAUGAAUAUUGAAUUGAUGGCUUGGCAAUAGAGAUGCUUAAAAAUGAUGGAGGCUGUCAGCUGCAAGAAAAGAGGAUGGAAAUAAUUGACCGUGGUGCACGGAAGUUUGAAGUCAUUCUUUAUCAAUAUAAUUUGUCACAUUUGCCAUAGAUAGAUAUCCUAAUUGUUUCCUCCAACAGCCUGAAUACGAGAUACAUUUCUGCUCCCCAGUUACCUAGCAACUCCAAUUCACAAAAUGCUGUGUCCAUGCAUGCAUAAGGCCUAUACAUAGCCAUGGAGGCUCAUUAUAUUCUCCGAUAAAAAGCAGGUUAAGAACACAUGGCUUUUUAUGUACUUAUUCAUCUGGCUGUGAGAGAACCCUUAGAAAUAGAAGACCAAUACGAGCCACUCUAUUAUGAUUAAAACUAGGGUGAUCAUAUUUUGAUUACCGAAAACACUCAGGACACUCGGUACAGUAAUGAGAUACUCAGAUGAUACUCAAAGUUUACUCAACGAUGCCUAAUAAUUUCAAUACAUUUGAAGUAAGCAAAGUCUGUAUGGAAAAUAUUAUCGAUAACCAAAGACAAAAAUUCAGAGGUUCUCAGAGAUUCCGUAUUACUCAGCAUGUUUUAUUAUGCCUACAAUAAUAUCUCUUUUGAUAAGUUUCAAUGGUGCAAAAUGUUAAAUCUCUGAAAUGAAAUAAUGAUAGAAAUAAUGUCUCUUCUGUAUUAGCAAAACUGGUCUGGAAGAAAAUAAUAGCUUUCUUUUCAAGUCUUACGAGAGAAAUAACCAAAAAAAAUAUGAAAUAAUAUUAGCUAAAUUAGUAAAUCCAGUUUUAACAAAAAUACUUCGACAAACAAAAAAUAUCUGUAGCUUUAGUUUGAAAAACCAUGGAAGCCAGGACAUUUUCAUCACUUUCUUAAAAAAAAACAAACAAACAAAAAAAAAAAAAGAAACAGGAAAGUCAGGACAGGAUGUGAAAAUAGGACAUGUCCUGGGAAAACAGGAUGUUUGGUCACCCAACUAAACCCCAACCUUUGCCAUUAAUUAGAAAAUCAUUGCUCAUGGUCAUGAGCUUUGGGUAAUGACCGAAAGGACAAGAUCGCGGGUACAAGCGGCCGAAAUGAGCUUUCUCCGUAGGGUGGCUGGGCUCUCCCUCAGAGAUAAGGUGAGAAGCACUGUCAUCCGGGAGAGACUCGAAGUAGAAACGCUACACCUUCGCAUUGAGAGGAGCCAGAUGAGGUGGCUUGGGCAUCUGGUCAUGAUGCCUCCCGGACGCGUCCCUGGGGAGGGGUUCAGGGCAGGUCCGACCGGUAGAAGGCCUCGGGAAAGACCCAGGACACGUUGGAGAGACUAUGUUUCCCAACUGGCCUGGGGACGCCUCGGGAUCCGCUGAGAGGAGCUGGACGAAGUGGCCGGGGAGAGGAAAAUCUGGGCCUCUCUGCUUAGGCUGUUGCCCCCGCGACCCGAUAAGCGGUAGAUGGAUGGAUAGAAAAUCUGGUGUGAAUAUGAUUGUCAGUGAUUGUCUCUGUACAACAGGGGUCGUUAACUACAUUUGUCCAAUGGCCAGAAUUUUGCUGUUAGACUGUGCGGGCCAGAUGCAGUCAUAAAAUAAAAUUAAUAUUGCAUCCUAAGUAAUACACUCCUGAUCAAAAUGUUAAGACCAGCUGAAAAAAUGCAUGAAUUUACAUUUUGCACUGUUGGAUUUGAGGAAAGUUCUAAGUAGAGCUUCAAAAUGCAAAAAGAAAAAACUGGAGUUAGCCACAUUAAGCCAGGGGUGUCCAGUCUUUUUCCAGGACCGCAUACAGAAAAUCAAAGGAUGUGGGGGGGGUCGCACUUUGAUAUUUUUACGUAUAUUUUUAAUUUUGUGAUAAGGCAAAAAAAAACCCAACCUUAUGUACAUUUAAAAACAAAGCUUUGUUUUAUUAUUAGUUAUUAGUAUAACAUUUCUGCUUCUUCUCUUUACAUUUUGCUCUUUUGCUCUAUUUUUCCCAUUUUUGCUGUUUUUUUUGGUUGAAUUUCAUAUCUGUGGGCUAAUACAAAGCAAGUAGCGGGCUGCUAAUGGCCCCUGGCUGCACUUUGGACACCCCUGCAUUAAACUAUGUAUAGUUUUGCAACUAUAAAAGUGAAAUAGGCUGUUUGGCAGCUGUACAGUAUAAAAGUAUAAGACCGCAGCCUUUAAAAGCUCUCAUACAAUCAAUGUAACACUUUUAUACAACGGGGAUGCUUAACUUUGUUUCAAUUUCUAAAGACUAUUCAAAUAUUAAAUUGAUCUGUCCAUCAAAUUAUCAUCACGACCGAUGGCGGAAAUGCAACAUGACGCCAAAUAGCAUUAAAAAGUAUGCAGAGCAGAUCGUCAGUCAUAGAUAGAAUUAAGUCGUUUUAUUCUGGGGGCCGGUGGAAAGCACUGGCCUGCCGGAUGUGGCCCGCAGGCCGCCACUUGACAUUGACUGCUAUUAAGUAUAUCCCUGUAUAAUCAUUUCAUUACUACAUAAUCAUUUCAUUACUACAGUUAUGUGUGACUGUUUCAAUGCGGUAUUAUCAUGGUGAUCACUAUCAUAAUUCAUCAUUUCAUGACUGCUAUUGUGUGCGACUGUUUCAAUGCAGUAUUGUCAUUGUGAUCACUGUCAUAGUUCAUCAUUUCAUGACUGCUAUUAUGUCUGAUUGUCAUUGACAGCUUUGUCAUUGUGGUUGUUGAUAUUGAUUUGUCCUUUAUCCUUGUUCGUCUUUAUAGUUGUCACGGACAUUUAUUUGCUGAUGUCGUUCUGUAUGUUUCUGUUGUUCUGUCACAAUUGUUGUUGUUGCUGCUGUUGUCCUUGUCUCUUGUCUCUCUUUUUUUUGUUUUUGUCCCCUCUCGCCCCCCCCCCCCUUUUUCCUUUUCUCUUCUUCUCUGUCCCCUCCUGCUCCGGUCCGGUCGCUCCAAAUUUGCUUUAUAACAAGCAUCAAGGUCGAAUAAAUUUUGUAUGACAGGGGAAGUGUAUAUCACACUUCUCUCUGGCAGAGUAAAUCUGUUGAGCACUUGACGGCAUUUAGGUAUACAAUUCUAUCUGCUUUAAAGGCUGGACAGGACAGGGGUAAAAAAAAAAAAAAAAAAAAAAAAAAGUAUAUCCCUGUGAUUGGCCGGGAACCAUUCCGGGGAGAAGUCUGCCCUUUUAUUCAGCUGGGAUAAGCCUUGGCUCCAUGUAACCUAGAGCAAGACAAGCGGUGCAGAAAACAAAUGUAUCUAUCAAGCUCUUGAUGAACAGUACGGACACAUCCAGAGAUGUUGCAUUUUGGCGUUUUAAAAUGCCGAGUUCUUCCGCGGUUGUUGGUGAAAGUAACGCAAAAGCAGCGAAGUCAAGCACGUUGCAGUUCAAAUACAGUAAUACUGUAAGUACAGGGUGUUUACUGCAUGUGACCACAGCCAUUUGGAUGUGCGUAUGUCCCACCGUGUUUCUCCUUAAUCCAUUUUCAGUGAGUUGGUCAGCCAUGCCAACUUGUGCGCCAGCCAAUUAGUAAUCUCAAUGGGAGCAGACCAACUCAGGCUCUUCCUACACCUAAUACCUAACAGAUCUGAAGGCUUUAAAUUCAGACAGAAAUGGCUCUGUGCACCAGGCAGAUUUAUACACUGCAGCUUGUGGGACAGAAAAUAUUUAAAACCUUGGAACUAUGUUUCCAUGGAAACCAUAGAUAUUUCAAGACAGUAGAACUGCCUGCUGUUCUGUGCUGCUCUUCUCAGCUCUUCUUGUUUAGUUUGGAGACCGUUGUGGUGACUGGAAUCUCUGUUGGUAAUAUUGGAAUAACUAAACAUAAUGCAGGAAAACUUUAGUGGUGGUACUCUGAAGACUCACACAUGCUGCUGUCAGCUGGCUGCAAUAGAAACAAUAAAAUGGCCGCAGGCAGAGCUUUGUUAGUGUUCGUUUGUUUAGCACUUAUUAACAAAGCAUUAACAGCGGUAGCAAUUACACUGUAUGUCUCUUGUUAGCUAAUGUAUUUUUUAAUUAAUUCCUUUCAUUUAGUUUACCUUUUUGAUUUAUAGUCUUUGCACAUUUGCUGAUUAAAACAUAUUACUUAUUAUUUGUUGUUCAAAGGUUUGUCGUUGUCUUUUUAAUACUCUAAAAUGCAUCAGAGAACAGCUAAUGGUAUGAUGGGGAGAAAGAUGACCCUACAAGAUAUUAUACAAUAUCAUCUUAACAUAUUAUUUUUACUAGUAUUAAAUCAAGCUUCUGCGAUUUGCUGGCGACCAGUGCAGGGUGCAUCCUGCCUCUCGGCCAAGGUCAGCUGGCAUAGGCUCCAGCAUACCCCUGCGACCCUAAUGGGGAUUGAGCGACAUAGAAAAUCAAUGACUGAAUGAUAAAUCAAGCGUAUUUCAUGAAACAACAACAAAAAAUACAAUCGCUUUUUAAGUAUGUGAAAUGUUGUGGCUGCACUGACUCCCUGGCAACAGUUCGAUGUUGCUUUCAGUUUAUUAUGAUUUGUUAUGCUGGGUAGAGAUUCAUGGAGGGAAAGUGUGGCAAGCUUCAAAAGUCAAGUUCAAAGUAGCAAAAGAGCAAGUCAACCAUUUAAAAUAGUAAAAUAUGUGAGUGCAAAUAUGCGAGUGGAGGACUUCAGGACUUCGCAUGGCACCAUAUAGCAAAAAACCCUCCUCCAGGUAUGCCUCCCACCGAGCCCACUCCGCUGUGAUUGGUCACACUCCCAAGCGUUCCCGAGGACUUCCGGACAGCUGCCGAACCCCUUUUGUCCGAUUACUUACACAAAAUAAACACAGUUAGGACACUGAUGAAUUGCUACUUACAGCUUGCUCUUCUGACUCUUCAACACUACCGAGUAACGCUGGAAAGGCGUCAGACGUCAGCAACAGUUUGGCGGAUAGUCCAGUUUCGAAUCGGACCAUGUUCACAAAACAGUCCCGUGUGAAACGCGGUUGACAGAUGAGCAUAUUUUUCUCUUGCUGGCCAGGAAUCAGCAACUCUAAGCACAUCUACCCGAUGCUUACCUCUUUAGGAACACCCGAACAAACAUUUCCUGGGAGCCAUUGCUCGACGUGCUAACACCGUGAACAGUGCGAAGCAGAGCGGGGGUGCUGGGCAUGCCAAUAUAUGGAAGUCUGGGUUGCAUUGACGUCAAUGGAACUAAGUGUUAAAAAAACACAGCGUGUAGAGCCGUCCAAAACUGCUUUCAGGGCUCACUUCCAAAUGUGCAAACCUCAUCUGAUGCAUUGGCAUCAUUUAACACGAGAAUACAACACUGUAACAACAUUUAUACGUCAGAAAAGAGAAAAAGCAUCAUAGGUCCAUAUGAACUCAUCCGUUUUUGUCCAUCAAGCAACAAAGCUGCUUUUACGUCCUCAUGCCAUGUUCAAUAAAAACAUAAACAUCCUGCAUAGAAAACCUUUAUAUCUCUUAAGUUGUUUAAAAUAUACUCUUACAAUCUUAACGUAAGAUCUUAUUGCUUUAAAGUAACGUUUAUUUAGAAUCUCCGCAUGAGUGAUUUCUGACCACAAGCAGUCCGUCAUUCUUAAUAAACGCAGGGUGGCUCUGUAAAGUAUUUUCCGUAUUGAUUUGAAAUCACUAGAACGCCAGGUCUCCAGUCGUUCAGUGCUUUUAUGAAACAGUGGUAAUGUAAGAGAACACCGUAAUUAAAAUGAGGUCAAGUAUAAGACCCCUCCUUGAACACCACAACAUAUUAUAUGACCAGUCUUUGGCAUGCAAAUCGAUCGACCCUUUUCGCAGUUAUAUGCAGUAUGAGCAAGUGCAUUUUCAGAGAAGCGACUGGCUUCUCUUUACAGUACACAUUUACUGAAAAAGGCUAAGUAAGGCCCUCUGAGUCUUGUAAUUUUUGUUGCUAUGCAACAAACAAAAUCUGGGCUUUUGUAUAAUUGUAUACAUGUCUUAACAUUUGCCCAGUUGUAAGCAUGGAAGAAUUAUAUCUAUCAUGAGAUCAUCGAAAAUGAAGGACAUAAUGUUGACUGUGGUGUUAAUCAUUUGACACUAAACGGACAAAAAUCUUGGGUUUUGUGUGAAAGAGCAUUGCACAGCCAAGUCAUUUCUUGUGCGCUGCCUACUGAAUGUCAGAAAUGUGUCCCAGUUGUGACCUAACAUUAGGGCUAAUUUACAUACAUGUAAGACCGUCCUCACACCAAGUUUCUCUGUCCAUGACAUGGUAGGUACAUCGGUAAAGACUGCACUGAAGUACUAUCAUGUCAAAGACGAAAGCUAAGCAGAGCCGCAGUGUUAUUGGAUGCACAUAUCAUCACACAUCAUGACAUCACCUCCCAGCCACAGACGACAUCAGAGCAGAGUGGGUCAUUUUAUUUACAGUUGUUAGCACUACCUGUUGCGGUUCCAGACCUCGGUCAAGAGCAAAAGGGAGCGCCGUCUGCUGCUCCCAGGCUGAAGUCUGGAACGUCUUGACUUCAGGGCUAAUCCCUUUUUUUUUUCCUCUGGUGUACAAAUGUAGAGAGAAGGUGUAAAGUGCACAGACUCAGGCUGUGGUUUUCUGGGUGAAACUUUUAUUGCAUCAUGCUCCUUCUCUCUAGUCUCGACCGCUCCGUCACUCAGUCGCUCACCCUUUAAAGGGCCUGCACACAUGCUUUAGCACCUUGUGUCAAUACAAAGGUUUACCAAUACCAUCGAUAUCAACUGUCCGUGGCAAAGCGACAGAUGAGGCAACUGUAGGUAUUCCAAAAUGGUCAUGCUUAGUGUUUUUUUUUAAUUUUACUUUGGCCAUUUAGCACAGGCUAACCCUAACAGUUGAUGUGCAGUAAGGUUAUGAAGGCACACUAAAUGUAAGUAAGAUUUAAAUUAAAUAUUUUCCUAGCUAGAGCAUAGAAAACCUGUUUAUGUUGUUCUAAAAAUGUUGGUUUAAUAUUAUUACAGUUCUGGAGACAUGAAAGAACACCCCUAUAGUCACCUUUAUAAUCGUAUUACCUACUUUAGUAGACAUGAUAAGUGAUAGUAAGACAUAAUAACUCAUGUUAGCAUUAGGAAAGUGCAUUGUUGUUGUAAUAUUUCGGACAUAUGGUGGGUCAACCGUAUAGCAUCGUCGCGAGUCUAUCAUCCGUCCUCGCUUUGAUUAUCUUCGUUUACGCCACAUUGCGCAACUCUUGCGCGCAGGCUAUGCGGUCUUUACAGGGAUACAAGAAAAGCCCACCGCUUUAAGCAUUAGUAAGCUACCAAGCUAACUAGUCAGCCUCCAAUUUAUUCAUUGUAACCUUAAAAAGGGUUUGAAAAUGGGUGGGGAAGAAGGACAAAAUAAGAAGUCAAAAAAGUUACCACUUCCACACGGAAUGGGAGGAGAACGGUUUUUCACUCGGUAUCCAGUUCAGGUAAUGUCUUGGAAGCUAAUGUCUCAAUAAUUUUUCUGUGUCAUUCAACAUUUUUGACUAAUAAUAGGCCAUAGUCAACCACAAAACGGCGAUCAUUAAUUAAUUACAUUUUGGAAAAACCGUGAUGAAGUGAUGGAGCAAAGUUCAAACCGGGCAUGCCUUGCAGAAGGGGGGGGGCGGGUUGUGCAGUGGCUUAUUUGCAUGAGACAGGACAGUGCCCCCAAAACUGGCUGCUCUAAUCAGUACUGCAAUUCUUGAUCAUUGGGGUAUUUUGAUCGGAGCAUGUCACAGAUAUUUUAUUAAGACACCCUGAAAUUUUCAGAAAAUAAAUAAAUAAAUAAAAUGUAAUGUAAUAUAUAAAUAAAGCAGUGCACUGUGUUCGUUCAAGAGUGUUGUGGAGUUGAUGGGAAUAUUCUGAUGCUGUCAUCAGUGUUAGCCUAGUUCAGUGUUUGAGACUUCUCUUGAUCCAAAGUGGGAAUUAGAGACAUACACAUUUACCAGGAAGUGGACAUCAUAUAGGAUAAAUGUCACCAGCAGUUAGACCGCUGCUACUGCUCAUUUCAUGUGAUACAGGAUUGCAGAGUGGGAUGUGUCAGAUUUAAAGCUGUGCACUGACAAUACUGCUAUUUUUGUGAAGUUUUGACCAUAAGCUGAUCGCUAUACUGUCUUCUGUUAUGAUGUCAUUUUUGUAUUUCUCAUUUUAAAAGAGUCUCUUCCCCUCUUUAUAGUUAGAACAUAGAAAACUCGUUUAUGACCUUCUAAAUUUCUUUUUUUAACAUUACUAGAGCCCUCUACACAUGAACUAACACCCCUAUAGUCACCUUUACACACACAUUACCCAAUAUAGUAGACAUAAUAAAAGCAAAUAAGCCAUUUAAGACAUGAAUAAGACUCAUGCUCUUGUGUUUUGCUAUAAAUAUGUUCCCUGUGGGAGCUGAGCGGCGGGUGGACAGGAAGUGCCAUAGGAUGUUCAGAGUUGAGUUUCAGCUUGGUGUGGGUUACUACAGCAAUACCAGGCCGUGUUUUUACUAGGGAUUAUUGUGCCUGUUUUGAGAUCAUUCAAACCUGCAAUAAAAGCCUGUUCUGGUGAUCAAGUCUGGCGUCUGCGUGUCUCACUGGACAUUACAGUAACAUUGCUGACACCUAGUGACCAAUAUAGAAUACUACAUGACAUUCAACAUCUUUGAAUGUGUCUUCUGAAUGCUUUCUAUUUGUAUUUGACUUCAUUUAGCCAUUUGUAUGCUUGAAAAUGCUCAAUUUAUGCAAAAAAUAUGUACAAUUUGCUUCAAUAUACAGAUAUAGAUGACUGACUUCAUAAAUAAAUAUAUUUGUGCGGGAUCAUUAGCAAUGAAAUUGGCAUCUAACGAGCAGGCAAAGGGCACUGCCCCCAUCCCCUGCAUUCCAGGUAACAAACACAAUACUGAAAACAAAGAAUCAAAAUAAAAAUAUGCAAAAAUGAUUUAGGUUUCCUGUGUGGCCCAAAUACUCCGCCGUAAUGUUCUAAUCUGUGUUUAAUUUUAUUUCUAGACUAUGCCAUAGGGCCAAUAAAAAAUAAGCGUCGGGCUGCAAAUGGUCCACGGGCCGCAAUGUGGUGGCCCCUGCUAUAGGUGUAUAUAUCCCAAUACUUUGCCUAUAUAUGUUUUUUUUUUAAAUAAAUAAAAAAAACAGAAUGUAAGUGUGAAAAUCUCAGGUUUUACCCCAGUUGCUCUUCAUGUGACACGAGCCCCCAUAAAUUGACGUCCUUAUCACAAGCAGUUGCUGAAAGCGUGUGUGUGUGUUUAGGCGAGAGAGACAGACGCACCCCUUUGACGCGCAGACAUACGUCCUGCGUCCUCGUUCCAUCUUCGUCCAUCACCCUCCUCCUCCUCCUCCUCCUCCUCCUCAUUGGGAGAUAGAUGGGAGGAGACGCUCCUGCUGAAUGCAGAAGGUAACACAGAAGAAGGACGGUCGUUCCCCCGCCACGCUGAUACAUCCGCCUGCUGUAGUUUUUUUUCGUCAGAGCUUUCCUCUUCGUUGCAUCUUGUAUCGUUUUAUACUUGUAUGGACGCGCAGCAGGGGCCGUGUGGUUUAUUUAGUGGAGACAUCUGACUGUUGACACAGGCUGGAUUUAAACCACUUGCCGGACUGAUGAGCUCAUCUCCGUUUUCUGGCUACGGGGGCGUUAAGGAUGCGGCUGGUGGACUGGGUCAAGGUACCUGUCUUCGAGUCAUACCGGCUUGGUUCGUCUGACUGAUCCUGUCCAUAGGGACCACUACACUGUUUUUUCCCCUUCCUGUGAAAAUCGGAUUCUCCACCUGCAGCAUAAAGGAUGGAUAACUAUUCUACUUUGCAACUACAGUGUCUGGAAAUGACCACAAAACGGAAGCUGAUUGGUCGGCUGGUGCCAUGCCGUUGUUUUCGCGGGGAAGAGGAAGUGAUCUCGGUGUUAGACUACUCUCACUGCAGCCUGCAGCAGGUCCCUAAGGAAAUAUUCAGCUUUGAGAGAACUCUGGAGGAGCUCUACCUGGACGCCAACCAGAUUGAGGAACUACCCAAGCAACUCUUCAACUGCCAGGCCUUGAAGAAGCUGAGCAUGCCUGAUAACGAUCUGUCCAACCUGCCGACCACCAUUGCCAGCCUGGUUAACCUCAAAGAGCUGGACAUUAGUAAAAAUGGUAUACAGGAGUUUCCAGAUAAUAUAAAAUGCUGUAAAGGCCUGUCAGUGGUAGAGGCUAGUGUCAACCCCAUCACCAAGCUCCCUGAUGGUUUUACACAGCUCCUGAAUCUGACUCAGCUCUUUUUAAACGAUGCCUUCCUGGAGUAUUUGCCGGCUAACUUUGGCAGACUUUCCAAACUUCGGAUCCUGGAGCUGAGAGAGAACCACCUGAAAACCAUGCCAAAGUCCAUCCAUCGACUAACACAGUUGGAGAGGUUGGAUCUGGGAAGCAAUGAAUUUUCUGAAGUGCCAGAGGUGUUGGAGCAGAUCCACAACCUAAAGGAGCUGUGGAUGGACAACAACUCUCUGCAGUCCAUACCAGGGUCAUUAGGAAAACUUCGCCAGUUGCGCUACUUAGACUUAGCGAAGAAUCGUAUUGAGAAUUUGGACACAGAUGUUUCAGGCUGUGAGGCCUUAGAGGAUCUUUUGCUAUCCUCCAACAUGCUUCAGCACCUCCCUGACUCAAUAGGAAUGUUAAAGAAGCUGACAACACUGAAGGUGGAUGACAACCAGUUGACCUCACUACCAGGCACCAUCGGGAGCGCGAAGCCCAAGCAAGGUCUCGGUUUGCUGGAGGAACUGGACUGUAGUUGCAAUGAGCUGGAGUCCUUGCCUCCAACCAUUGGCUACCUGCACAGUCUGCGUACCUUUGCCGCUGAUGAGAACUUUCUCACAGAACUUCCCCGAGAGAUCGGUAACUGUAAGAAUGUAACGGUGAUGUCGCUGCGCUCCAACAAACUUGAGUUCCUUCCCGAUGAGAUCGGACAGAUGACCAAACUACGAGUCCUAAACCUUAGUGAUAACAGGUUAAAGAAUCUACCAUUCACCUUUACUAAGCUGAAGGACCUGGCAGCUCUCUGGCUUUCUGACAAUCAGUCCAAGGCUCUGAUCCCCUUGCAGACAGAAGCCCACCCUGAAACCAAACAGAAGGUUUUGACCAACUACAUGUUUCCUCAACAACCUCGACAUGAUGAGGAUUAUCAGUCAGACAGUGACAGCUUUAAUCCGACUCUGUGGGAGGAGCAGAGACAGCAGAGAAUGACUGUGGCCUUCGACUUUGAGGACAAAAAAGAAGAGGAAGACAACUCCGGGAAGGUCAAGGUGGAGAUAAACCUCAAACGCUACCCAACACCCUACCCUGAGGACCUGAAGAACAUGGUCAAGUCAGUGCAAAGCCUUGUGGGUAAAAAUGUUCACACUGGACAUGGGCACCAGCAUCAUCUCAGCACAGGCACUGCCACCUCAGCAGGAACAAACAUGGAACUUACGCACCACAGCAAUGAACCGUAUGAACCACCAUGGCCCCUGCCUCCUAAAGAGGUAACAGACAGAGAGAUGCAGGACUUCUCUCAGACUCAGUUGAUGGAUCAGGGACCGAUGCAUAACUCCGGCAUUGACAUCCCAAAGAGGAAGGAGAAAGAGGACCUGACAGAGAGCUCAGAGGACUCAAUGGGCGGCUCACCCAAUGACAUCCGCAUCUCUGACAUGAGGCCCACCCUGGUAGAACCACCAAUUUACAAACCAAAGGUGGUGCUGCUUGGCAAGGACAAGAAAGAGUCUACAGAUGAAGAGGUGGAUAAGCUCCACUGUCUGAACCACAGUGGCUCCUCAGCCACCUACUCUGACUACUCUCCCUCGCAGGGCUCCUCUGGCUCCUCCAACCCACCCGCUAACGCACACUCACACGCUCACUCUCAUGCACACCAACACAACCCUGCCCUACCAGCACCCAACAAGGAUCAGGCUCUUCAAACACACUGGACCAAUAGGCUAGCCCAGUCUUUCCCCAAACCUAUUGACUCCAAGCCCUUGCUAUCGCAAAGAGAAACUCCUCCAUCAGGGACCCUGCAGCAACGUGGUGAUAGACGUCCUUUAAGUGAGCCUUUUGAGUGGUCUGAGGCUCCUCACUAUGACAACACCGGGUUUGAUGCUGAAGAGUCUCCUCUAGACCAUUCAUCUUCGGCUACAAGGCAGGGAAACCCACCGCUGGGAUCCAAACCUCGGAGCCAGUCAUCACAUGGCCGCCGUCCUCUCCUGAGGCAAGAGCGAAUAGUAGGCGUCCCAUUAGAGCUGGACACACAGACGCUCCCCUUUCACAGUAACCAACGCUCAGCCCAUGACAAUGAAAACCAAGCCUCUGCACAACCUUCCCAGAAUCCUUGGCAGAAUUGGACCCGCACCCCAAGCCCAUUGGAAGAUAGGACAGCUUUUCCUUCCAAAUUGGACCUCACACCAACCUCAAGCCCCAACCCAGACCGCAAGGUGGCGGACACAAGGCGAGAGCAAGCAACAGGACCUCUGCCUGGUAGCUGGUCAUACCACAACAAUCAGGGGGAGCAGAACAGAAAGGACCAGCUCACUGUCACCGGAGGCAACAAGGUAACCGUGGUAAUGAGUAAAAGCUCUGACCGGCUGUCACCUAUGAUGAAGGAGACAAGGUCCAAGUUUAAGAAAUCCCAGAGCAUCGAUGAGAUCGACAUAGGCUCCUAUAAAGUAUACAGUAUUCCCAUGGACACCUACAGUUCAUCUAUCGAGCAGCAGAGCAGUUUGGACCGACAAGAGCUCCCAGGUUCAAUGGAGCAGACCAACAUGGCCCGGUCCCAGUCUGCACCCAUGUUAGAUGAGGAACUUGCAUUCCAAGCGCAUGGAAACCAGAACCAGCAGGGACACAGCCAAAAACCUGCAGUUCCACAGAAGGCCUACCAUUUUGACCAAAACUAUAACCCCCAGGUGACCAUGGACCGCCGGGCCCCUCCGCCUUUCCCCAAUACACCAGAUUAUGUCAACCACUCAUCAAAAGCAUUAGAGUAUAUCAAUCAACCUGGCAAGACAUUACCCAAGGAGUUGGUGAGCCCUCGGUACCGUGCGUACCCACCACUGGAGAUGUUCUCUUUCCCCCAAUCUCCAAUCAGUCAGGAUGGCUCCACCACCCAGCAGCAGCAGCCAAUUCCAUCGCAACGUUCCAGGCCAGGGUUUUUGAGGAGAGCAGACUCACUGGUUAGCUCAACUGAACUUGCUUUGUUCCGUCGAGUUCAUGAAGCCCAGCAGGAGGCCCUGCAGGAAGCUCAGUAUCGACAGCAGCAAGGGGACCCUCCUCUUUACAGUCGCGCUCUUGCUUACUCAAGCCCCAUGGAUCAUUCUGCCAACAUGGUGGACAGCCAAAGUCAAAUGAUGCACAACAAGAGAAAUGGCCGCUAUGAUGAUGAUUACCCCACCUACCAGGAACAGAAGAAGCCAAUGAUUGGUUAUCCGACGAAGAGCUUGACUCAACGUCGCCCCCUGUCUGCUAGAAGUUACAGCACUGAGACCUAUGGAGCAUCUCAGGCCCGUCCAGUGUCAGCUCGUCCCACCAUGGCCGCCCUACUGGAAAAAAUGCCUCCCGACUAUACUCUGGCAACCUGCCCGGAGAAGCCUUCAGAUGACACCAUCAAAGUAAGACCUGUGGUACCACAGAAGCCUGAAGACAUCACGUCCAAGAUGCCUGCCGAUUGGAGGCAACAGCUGCUCAGGCACAUAGAGGCCAAACGCCUGGACAGGAGUGGUGUCCUAAAGCACAAUACUCUCACGCUGGGCAUGCUCUGUCAGGGCGGGGGUCACGGCCAGGGGCGCAGCAGCACUUUGAACUUUAACGUUUACAAUAACACUAAGCAUGAGCCCCCUGCUGGCCGCUGGCUGCCACUACCUCCUCCUCCAUCUGCCAUUGCUACCCCCUCCCAGCAAGCUGCCAUGCUGGAUAAUGAUCAAGAAGGUGUGUCAGGGAGCAAUCAAUGGGUUCCUUACUCACUUGGCAGGAGGGACGUCCCACCUGACAAUCUCAUGAAAAAGGCCAGUCACUCUCACAACCCCUCUCAUCAAUCACACAAUGCCAUGAUCGUCACUUCUUCGUCUUCUUCCUCGGCCGCAACGCCUCAUCGUAUGGUUGGCCAACAGGGUUAUGAUGGCGGGAUGAUGAACAAGGGGAGCCAAUACCAGCCAGGAAUGCCGUUAUCAGUUGUUCCGUCUGGGGGGCAGUAUCAAGGCAACAUGUCUCAAGCCCAUAACACCCCUGGCCAGGUCUACCCAAGUGCUGGCCUGCCCAUGGCCCUGUCGUCAUCCGGGAACCAACCCCAGUACAACCCACAUAUCUCCCACACAUCCCAUCAGCCUCAGCUCCCACACAACAACCCCCAGUACCACAGUAACCAGGGAAUGGUCCACAGCAACCAGGUUGUUGUGACCACUCACACCAACCCACGGCCCCAGAGCGCCCGUUGCCUUCUGCAGACCAAAGGCCAGAAGAGCACGGAUGGUUUCCAGGAACAGUUAUGCGUAAGAAUAGAGAAGAACCCCGGUCUUGGUUUUAGUAUCUCUGGUGGCAUCAGCGGCCAGGGGAACCCCUUCAAACCCUCCGACAUGGGUAUCUUUGUUACUAGGGUACAGCAUGACGGGCCCGCCGCAUCCGCUCUGCAGCCUGGAGACAAGAUACUGCAGGUAACAACCUCUCACACGUCAUCAGAUCAAGCAGUAACAACCAUGUUCUCCUUUCCUCUCGAAAACCUCCCUUCCCCUUUCCAAUUUGGUAAAAGAGACAGAUUAUGUUCAGGGAAGCAAAGGCACAAAUACAAAGUACUCCCAAUUCUGUCAGAUUGCGGGAAUUUCGCUGCUGCAUAGCUGUCUUCAGGUCACCCCGUAGAUUUGUAUUUAUUGGCUGCAGGUCUGAGCAUUGUCUGGGCUAUUUGAAAACCUUCAUUUUCCUCAAAUUUCGUAGCAGGUUUAGGGUCAAAAUAACUGGUAUUUGGCUAAAGCCUCAAUUCCAGCUGAAAAACCCCCAACCCCAAAGCAGGAUACUGCUACCACUAGAUUUCACAGUCAGUACGUGCAUGAAUUGACGUAAAACUGUCUUUUAAACAUGCAUGGCUUUUUAAAAGUGAAAGCAUCAUACCUAGAUGAUGCGACUGGAAACUAGUUCUCUCUCUUGCAUGUCUGUCCUACUGGAGCAGAGCCGGCGUUCUGUGUACGCGCCAGUCUCAACGGAAGGAUGGAACUCGGAAUUAAUUGUGGCCAAGUGGGUCAUGAUUGUGCAGACAUUGAUAAAUGUUCGCUAUAUGCACAUUGCUAGUAGCGGUUCAAGCGAAUGUGUGUCAAUGUUCAGUGAUUGUCGCUUGUAGCUGUUAAUACGUGUUCAUCUUCGGUGUAUGUAACUUUAGCUACGAUCGAAAUAGUUGCAGAGUGGCUCAUGAAUGUGGAGAAAAACAGACAACUGUGUCUACCGGUAUUGGCUAUUAAAGACAUACGGUACAUUUGAAUGGAGGAAGCCGAACGGUCGUACUUUGUGAUGUCAAAAAGUAGCCAUCACAAUACGGCGACCUGUAUUGUUUCUGUGCAAAUUGCUAGCCAUCCAGGUCAAGAUGCUCGUCAUAAAUUGAAUAGAGGGCAACAGGUAAUCUGACAAGUAAUUGUUUUACAUAAUCACUUCAGCAGAGACAUAAUUGAUAGCAAAGCACAAUAUAUAGCUCGUAGAAUUCCGGAUGCACAUUUGACGCGAGACACAAUUGCCAGGUCUUGCCAGAGAAACAAGCAACUAGCUCUCCGAAAACGCGCCCAAAACAACAAGAAUCUUGGGAAAACAAGCCAAAAGUCACUUCUAAUAGGUGACUUUGGCAACGCUGGCCUGGAUGCUUAGCUUAUAUUUGACAAUACUCAACCAGAAAAGCAGAACUUUUACCCACGCUGAAAGGAGCAUAAGCGCCAUAUAGCAUUUUGGGAGGCACACAACGCCAAUAAUCGCAGUGGAGAGUGCAUAUAGUGCAUAUAAACAGGGUCGUCACACUGACGUGAAAACUGGAGAAACCAGAUUAUUUCAGUAAUCUGACUAAUUUAGUGCAUGUAAACGUACUGAGUCUGUGGUGUUCAUCUAGUGAUGUGCACCUUUAUUCUUGUGCAGUGUUUUUUAAAAUAAAAACACAAACAAACAUACCCAGGCCCCAAAUGUAUCAUGUCUCUCAAAAUUGGAAUAAGCGUUAGGGUCUGUUUCAAACAGUUUCAUCUUUCAGUGUGAGCAUACAGUUGUGGUCAGGCGUUUACAUGCACUCAUCUUGGGCUUUUAAUUAUUUAUUUGAACUGUUCUUUUUUUAUGAUUGUUUAAGAGCCUCAAUGAUUUGGAAAAAAAGAAAACUGGGUGCACAAGUUUGGUAGAUUUUUUCUAAUCCACACAAGGUAAAAGUUAUACAUGCAGAUAAUACUAAAUAAUAAUGGAUUGAUUUCAUAUAGCGCCUUUUUACAAGGUACACAAAGCGCUUCACAGUGAAGUGAACCCAUUAUUCAUUCACUCCUCGGUCAUACACUGGUGGUGGUAAUCUACAUCUGUUUCCACAGCUGCCCUGGGGUACCCUGGGGUAGGCUGACGGAAACGUUAGCGCCUACGGCCUGUCCAACCACCACUAAACAUUCAUUCACAUUCAUACACCAGUUUGUGGCACCAGUGGAGGUAAGGUGGGUGAAGUGUCUUGCCCAGGGACACAACAACAGUGACUGGGUGGAGGGAGUGAGGAUUAAACCGCCAACCUUCUGGUUUCUGGACGACCUCCUGAGAUAGUCCUCGGGUUACAAACGAGUUCCGUUCCUAGAGUUUUAGUCGAGUUUUAUGUAAGUUGGAACUUACACCUAAAUCAAUGACCCAAGUGAAUCACACUGUACACAGAACACAUCAGAACACGAAACAGUCAUAAAAAAGACAGAACAACUCUUACUUUUGUCCUCUGGUUGUCUUGCACACUAGAAGGGGCGUUGCAAGGGAGGGAGAGACAGGCCGAAUGGGAGGAUGAAAUCACUGUUCAUUUCUUGGUAUAUAUAAGAUCCUUUCACAUGUUCUUUCACCUUCCUUUUCUUUCACACACUGCCCCCAGAUGAUGAAGUGCAAAAAGUAAAUUGCUAAGUGAUGUUAUCCUUACUCUGUGUAUCUGCGAAUUAGGCGCACGCUCUCUAUUCAUCCACAGCGCACAAGACAAGUAAUAUGCUGCAUAUGUGGAGCGUGCUGGAAUUAGUUUCUGAGCGAGUCUGGUGUUUACAGACUAAAAUUAGAUUAUUAAUGAACUACAGUAUGUUGGCCACAGUCAGGAGAUCGCGAAGAUCUGGGUUCGAAUCUCCGUUGGGCAUCUCUGUUUGGAGUUUGUAUGUUCUUCCCGUGCGUGUGUGGGUUUUUUUUCCAGGUACUCCGGUUUCCUCCCACAUUCCAUAAACAUGCAUGUUAGGUUAAUUGGCGACUCUAAAUUGUCCAAGUGAAGAUAAGCGGCAUAGAAGAUGGCAUACAAAAUGCCAUAAUGUAUGUGGACUGACAUGGAAACUUCUGACCAUCAGAUAAAACGUUUUUUCAUAGAACGGUCCAGCCCGAACACAAUUGAAAAUCUGGGGUCACCUGAAGAGGGCAGUGCAACAGAGAUGUUCCCAAAAUCUGCAUGAAAUCAGUAUGUAAGGGACCACAAAUUCACUUCUUGUGUGCAGAGGCCUUACUGACCUUACUCUUUUAAUAUUUAACCAAUUUCAAGCUCCCGGUUUUAGCAUCUGAUAGUCACUGAUUAUGAUAACCUGGAAUCCAAUGGGACUUACAGCUUACAGAAGGUAGACAUAAGAAAUUUAUAAGAAGAACAACGCUACAUUUGUUUCGGCAGCUACUGCUGGCAAAGUAAUUAAAACACAGUUAUCAAUGUCAGACUUUAAAACUGAUAUUUUGCGGUGGCUUAACUGAUGUUAAGGAAGGUUGCAGAAUAAUGGAGAGCAACAAAGUGACAUAGUGUGAGUGUGAAAGCAGUAAAUAUCAAAUAUUUGCUCUCAUAAGUAGGGUUUUAACAAGAUUCGAAAAUAUCCAAAAACAAUACCUCCUCCUUUUCCUGUCCCGUUCCUCCCACCUCCACAAUUGUUGAAUUCAUCUUAAAUGUCCUUUUUUGUCUUUACCCCUUCUCUUUCAACAGCAUGUGUAUAGCUCCUCCACUUUUCUCUCUUUUCCCCCAACAGUGAUGUGUUACUGAGCUAAUGAUGGCAGUGACCCUCCAUCCUUCCACAAACACACAAAUAGACAUAAGGGGGGAAAAAAACUGCAACGUACAUAUCUAUAGAUGCAUGCGCACACACAUGCUGCUGACUGUGCUGCGUGUUUGCCUUGCAGGCGAAUGGACAUAAUUUUUUACACAUGGAGCACGAGACAGCCGUCUCUCUGCUGAAGAGUUUCCAAAGGAUGGUGGACUUGGUGGUUCUGAGAGACAGCACCACUCCCUAGAAAUACCUUUAUAAGAAUAAACAAACACAUCAUCACUUCUGUGCUAGUCGCCAUCCCUCACCACACCACCUGCCCUCUGCUGGAGGCUGGUGGAAGUGAAAAAAAUGAGCCUCUUUUUUUAAAAAAAAUAAAAUAAAACUUUUUAGGGGAAUGCAGACUUUUUUUUGCCUAUUGCUGGAUCAUAGGCAAAUAUUCGUGCCAAAUGUAACAUAGGAAACAUAUCGUCUAUCUGUCUACCGGCGAGGGGGCCUGAUUAACGGCCUAAAGGACCCCCAAAGGACUGUACAACUUGAGUCACCACAGGGCUGCUCCAGUUUGGAUUUUGUGUUUGGGUUGUUAUUUAGGCAUCUAAUCUAAACGUAUCCAGUUGCUUUCUUUUUCUUUUUUUCUUUUUUUUUUGGUUAUGUAAUUAGGUCAUGUAUGAGGGUUGUUUUGGUUUUAUUAGCUUUCCUUGGUAUUCGUUAUAAUUGUUUUAAACACACGCUUCACCUUCUAUGUUCUUCACUUGUCCUUUUGCUUUCAGUACCGUAAAUCUGUUCUACAGUAUUCUUUUUUUUUAAUGAUUGAUUUCACAUGAUUUCUAUUGUAAUGCCGUCUUGUUCUGACGUCUGCCUCUAGUGUACAGAAAUGAACAUUUAAAAAAAAACUUCUGCCUUGUGUACAUACAUUGAACUGCAGCUUCCAAGAGCUGCCUUAGGGGCCUGAACUAGUCUUGUUUCAUAUUGUUUUUGAAAGUUCGGUUCAGUUAUGUCUUGUGACUAUACAGUGAUAAUUUCCACAAAGGGCAGGGGUUUUUUUUCUUUCUUUUUAUGGGUCGAAUAAGCAUUUUCGGCUCAAGUCCCAUCAGUACUGUUUAUAUUGUGUUUAUAAAACCGCCUGCUAUAGAGCUGUGCUACAAAAAGAGCGAAAGCAAUAUUGAUAUUUUGGCGCUGCUGUCCAUUGAGCUUUCCAGCAGAGUCUAACGUGUCCUAUAGUGCCAUCUAAUGAGAAACUCAUGCUAAUGUUUACACACACAUACACAUACAAGUAUACAUAAACUGUAUAUGCAAUGCUGCCCUCCACAUAAUAUGUAAAGCCCUGUUUAUAUUCCACGCUACACUCUCUCAAACACAUAUGCACUCUGUGAUAUUAUUCACAAUGUUCGUGCCGCAUUUGGAACAUUUGCAGUGUUUUACGUCACUCGUUUUUUACUGGUUGUAUUAUAAACACACACAAUGCAACCGUGUCCCUUGUUCAUCGUGGACACGGAACUGGAGUACACUGAAGAUUUUUGGUGCGGAUGAUGUUCUAUAUUUGGUCCCAUUCGAAGCCUUUCAUCCUCCCAAGUGAUAUUUACACUAGCCCGAAAUACCAGAAGUUACAUUUUUGCGGCCCACAUCUGGUCUGCCCGCAGUGCCACAGGCUGCACGGCUUUCAGUGAGUGAAUAGUCAGAAAAACCAAGGCUCUGUUAUGCUUAAAGAACCAAUGUGGAGGAUUUGAAGGGAUUUACUGGAAUAACUUGUUAUUCAAAAGUGGCACGUGGCACUCAAUACGUCCACGUUGUUGUUUGAACUUUGUGAUAAUAUAAUAUAAUGUAUAAUAUGGCUGAAUUAACGACCGAUUUGAUCAUCUGGAAUAGCACAUUUCAUGCGUGUUCUGUUGGUUCUGGUUCUGUUGUGUAUGUACUGUAUAAAGUGGCACCCGCCCCCCCAAGCGUCAAGUGUGUUCCAAGCCGUUUCAUUCCGUCAGUGGCACUAAAUGACACAGCUGCAUCAUUUGGGUGUAACCACAGCUUCCAACUCAAUCUAACGUCAAAUCUAAAAAAAAGAACAAGAAAAAAAAAUCACGAAAGGUAUUAUGAUGCGAAGAAAGAAAUGGUUUAAUAAUAUAAUUAUUUUUACUACAUUUUUCAGGUAAUUCUUUCUAAAUAUAUUGCUAUACCUUGCGUUGCUAAAAAAAAAAAAAAAAGUUGUGCUAUUUUGUAAUGACUCUUAUAACGAUGUUAUCGACGGAGGUACGCACAGUAUGACUUGGAAACCGAAACAUGUACCAUCCAAAACUUGUACAAAAUGUAUUUCUACUGUAAUUGUAAUUUGUGUUAUACAAAUAUAUUAUAUAUAUAUAUAUAUAUAUAUAUGUAUAUGGUUAUUAAAAAAAAUCAUUUUCUAUGUGAUAAGCUACAUAAGAGCUGAGACAGUUUCACUGUACGACAGCUGUGGAAGAAAUCCGAUUGAAAGCGACUCCUACUAAUUGUGAAUGUACUCAUGCUUUCUGCAGUAUACACUUGCUCAACUUGAAUGCUGCUUCUUCUGUUGUGUGACAUAAAAUUACGUUGGCCUCCAAUGAGAGAGACGCUCUUCAAGGUGGACAUUUUUUUAAGUGACGGUUUACAGCACUAUUUUUGUUUGUUUGUUUAUUGAAUUAUUUAUUGAUUUAUUCGUUUGCAUACGCAAGUUGAACUCCUUCCAGUUUUAAUUUUGAAUAUUUAUGAAAACAAAUGUAACUGCCGAAGAAUAUAUAAUAUAUAUCACGUGUUUAGAAUGCAUUUUGCAGAUGCUGUCUGUACAUACUAUUUAAGAUACAGUUUUUACAACAACAACAAAAACAUAUAUGUAUAAAAUUGAAAAAAACGCUGUGCAGCAAUUAUACUGAAGCCUUUUUGGGCUUUGGAACGUACAAUUUUUUCAGUAUAUAAGAAGUGUUUUGAAUAAUGUAUUAAAGUCUCUAUUGUACAAAUAAUAAAAAUGUCACUAUUGGUAAUCUGGGUUUGUUUUGGUUUUUUUUCCCAGUGUAAGUUCUUUCACUCCGCAGGUCACAUGCAUGAAUUGUCCAUUUUUCUGUUUAUUUAUGAUGAGUGCUUUUGGCCACUGGCAGUUAGGACAAUUCCUAGGGCCCCUGGCAAAAUGGGUAAUUAUUAAAAAAAUAAAAAUGUGAUGGUUUUCAUCUGGCCAAAAAUUCCUGGCGGCACCCCUGCUAUUGGCUACAUAUGAUCUGAAAAAAGGAACCAUAAAAUCGCCUUAAUUUACACCGCAGGUGUCAAACUCAAGGCCCGGGGGCCAGAUGUGGCCCACGAAAAACUGGGAAAAAUGUGUGCCAAUGAUGCCCUACACCGUUUUCCGUCUAAAUGAAUUUAUACUUUCAUUUUGAUAGAAAAAUUGUCCUGCUUGCAGUUCUUCUAAACCUCAAUAUUAGCAUAUUAUUACAAAGAUAUUCCGGGCAUUUUUUAUUGUCAAAAAUACAAAUACAAUAAGUUGAUUGCCUGUUCUGAUAUUUUUUGGUUUAAAAAGUGUAAAGAGGGACAGCAUCUUUAAGCACGUCCGAAACAAAUAAACCAUGACCAUAUACAGCAAAGAAAAGAGAAGGAUUAUGCGGACCUUGAUGGAUUGAAGCUAUUCACUUUCAUCUUCUCCACAGAUGCUGCUUUGUCUGUUUCCUGUUUUCCAUUCAUGUAACAGCCUCAUCCUCAUCUUCUUUAGUUGUCUAUGAGCUGAGCUAGCCGAGGUCUGGUGAUUGUGUGUCUCACCGAACAUGACAGUAACGCCACUAACACCUACUGUAGUGACCAGAGUCUCUUUUGAACGCCUUAU